AUGCCGGGACUCGUCAACGGCGCCAUGGACGCGCAACUGUCGCCUGCUGCGGUCAUCCAGCGAGACGCCAGCGAGCACCAGGAGCUCCUCGAGGCGCACGAUGCGUUCGUCUACCGGCUGAUGGAGGAGAAGGUGAACCUCGGGAGAGGCAUUGACGAAGAGCAGCAGGCGAUCGACAAGCUCAAGCAGGCCAAGACGGCAACCACGGCGCUCGCGGAACUGUCCGGAACGAGGGAGUUGCAGGAGUGCCAGAUUGGAGCGCAGGAAAUCGACCUCGAGAACUGGAAGUCGACUGUGGCGGAGUUGAGGCAGCAGAGCGAGGAUCUUGGGCGCCAGGUGCGCGAGGAGCAGGUCAGGGUUCACGAGGAUCUCGCCAGCGCGCCUCAGCGGCAAGCGAAGGCGGCCGUCCGUUCGAGCGUCACCACCGGCAACCCCUUCAUUCUCGUGCUCAUCGACGGCUCCGCGGCGCCUUUCAACGAGGACGCUAUCAAGCAAGGAAUGUCUGGCGGGAUUGACAUGGGGAAUCGCGUUCGCUGGGAGGUUGAGAAGGACCUGCGUGACCACAACAUCGAGCUCGACGAGGACGAUGAGAAACAAAUUCCGCCUGUCAUCAUGUCCAUCGUCUGGCACAAUCGCAGUGCGCUCGUCUACAACCUCAAGAAGAACGGCGUUCUCCGCGGCUUGAGGGUCGACGACCAGUGGGGCAGCUUCCUCGCCGGCUGGACAAGCCUCCGCAAUAACCAGGCUAUCGACGUUGGCGAAGCGCCCAUCGACCGCUUCAUGGCCAACAUGAUCGAGCUCUACGGACAGGCGCCAAACCUGAAGCGCAUCUUCAUCGCCGGGAUCCACCUCGAGACGCUCCUCGACUCCUGCGAGAAGCUGAAGCCCGGCAGCGGUCAGUUCUUCGUCCGCGUCGCUCCCAAGCUCGUCCUCGUCAAUCAUCGCGAGACUGACGACGAACGCGAAGUCCUCAAGGGCUCGGGGUGGCGCGUCGCCGUCUUCAACCGCUUCUUUGGCUCGAAGAAUGGUCUCGGAACCGACUUGGGUUGGGCUUUCAGGCCAGUCACGCCACCAGUCGGGCCAGGCGACCAGAAUCACGAGGAAGGCGACGACGAGAAUGGCUUUGGGCAGGUCUACGAUACGCACGCUUUCGACGGAUCGGGCGCUUGGGACAAGGCGAAGGCAAAGGGGAAGGGGAAGGCGGCGGCGUACAUGUUCGCUUGA